CCUCUUCAACAAGAGUAGAACAUAUGCUCGAUCAAACUACGUAUCCACUGCAUAUAAAACUAGAUGUCCGGCUUGGCACGGGACGAGCACCGAAAGACACCGAUCGAUCGAGCAUUCGAGCGCAUAUAUGGACGCGCUGUUCGAGCAGCUGUGCGCGCUCGCCGACAUGGCCGUGGACGGAAGCCGCGGCUUCGACCCGGCGCGGCUCGACGGCGUCCUCGCGCUGUUCGGCGGCGAGGCGCGCGCGGCGCUGGCGGCGGCCGAGGAGGAGCACGAGGCGGCGGCUGGCGGCACCGAGGCGGCCGUGGAGGCCGCGCGGGGCCACCUCGACGACGUCAUGGACGCCGCCGUCGGCAAGUACCGUGGGUCGUCCGGCGACGCCGACGCGCUGUCCGCGGCCACCGCCGCGAUGGACGUGGCCUUCAAGGCGACCACGUCCAACACACGCCGCUCGUAGCCUCGUAGGUUGAUGUAUGGCGUAUCUGUGGCUCUGUGCUAUGUAUGCAGCAAAAUAAACCAUUUGAGCAAACAAUAUACUUCGAAUUA